UUCAGUAGAGAGCUUAAUCUGUUAGUGCUAGUUCUGUAUAUGAUACUUUUGUUCGUAGACGGUAAAGAUGGCAAGACAUCAUAGAUUAAAGAAGCGAAAACCUAUUUUAGAUUCAGGAAAGAAGAGAGGUGGCACACACAAUGCUAAAAACAAGAGGACAGGACCUGCAAAUCACAUGAAAAAACACGUCCCUUCCAAACCCAGUUUUCAGAAAGGAGACACGGACAACCGGGAGUCUAAAAGAAAAAAGACGAAGAAAGUGUCGUGGAAAUCAAAAGGCAAAAUGGAGGAAUCCGACGAUGGUUCUGAGUUUGAAGAGGUGUCUGAAUCUUUAGUACAAUAUAAGCCCCAAGAAGAUGAGGAUUCCACAGACACAGACAGUGAUAAAGAGUUACAGGAAACACGGAAGCUAGUCACACAACAAAACAGAAAAAAGAAGAAAUCUGGAGGUUUUCAGUCCAUGGGUUUCUGUCACCAGGUGUACACAGGUAUAAUACGAAAAGGCUACAAGAUACCAACACCUAUUCAAAGGAAGACAAUCCCUCUGAUUCUGGAGGGAAAAGAUGUGGUUGCCAUGGCCAGGACAGGAAGUGGAAAGACGGCUGCUUUCCUACUCCCAAUGUUUGAAAAGCUGAAAAUGCAUACAGCCAAAGCUGGAGCAAGGGCACUGAUAUUGUCCCCUACAAGGGAAUUAGCGCUACAGACCCUCAAGUUCACCAAAGAGCUUGGCAAGUUUACAGGUCUGAAGGCUGCGGUCAUUCUGGGAGGUGAUAAAAUGGAUGACCAAUUUUCUUCGCUACAUGAAAACCCUGAUAUUAUCAUCGCCACGCCUGGACGAUUACUUCAUGUGUUGGUCGAGAUGAACCUACGAUUGAUGAACGUUGAGUAUGUAGUGUUUGACGAGGCUGACAGAUUGUUUGAGAUGGGAUUCCAAGAACAACUCCUCGAGAUUAUACACCGUCUGCCUGAGUCUCGCCAAACUCUGCUUUUCUCUGCCACCCUCCCCAAACUGUUGGUUGACUUUGCCAAGGCCGGUCUCCAUGACCCAACUCUCUUAAGACUUGAUGUGGAAACGAAGCUUAGCAACCAGUUAGAGAUGUCAUUUUUUCAUUGCCGAGAAGACGACAAAUCAGCCUUGUUAUUACAUAUACUGAAGAAUGUAAUAGUGGAGGAGAGACAAAGUGUGAUAUUUGUAGCUACUAAACAUCACGUGGAAUACCUCAAUUUGCUACUAGAGAAAGCUGGUAUCAGCUCCACCUACAUCUAUAGCUCUUUGGACCAGACUGCUCGUAAAAUCAACAUUGCCAAGUUUCAACUGAAGAAAGUGAAGGUUCUUUUGGUGACGGAUCUUGCGGCUCGAGGAAUAGACAUUCCACUGCUGGACAAUGUGAUUAACUACAACUUUCCAGCCAAGUCUAAACUGUUUGUGCAUCGAGUUGGUCGUGUUGCGAGAGCUGGUCGGAGUGGGACAGCCUUUUCCCUGGUGGCUCAAGAUGAGGUUCCAUACCUGAUAGAUCUACAUGUGUUCCUAGGCAGGCCACUCAAGGUUGUCUCUCAACAGACAGGCAAAGAUGAGGAUGGUCUCUAUGGCAGUGUUCCUCAGACUGUUGCCGAUGAGAUGAGCGAAAAGAUCCGUAUCUGGACAUCACAGUCUAUUGACUUGGAAAACCUUAAGCAGGUCUGUUUGAAUGCCCAGAAGAAGUAUGUGAAAUCCCGUCAAGCACCUGCAACUGAGUCUUUGAAACGUUUUAAAGAAUUAAAUCGUAAUGGUGUGAUUCCUGGAGUUCACCCUAUAUUUGGAGAGCUGAGUGAAGACUCGGAGAUGGAGCGUAUCAACCUACUGAAUUCACUCAAGACCUACAAGAGUAAUAGUACAAUUUUUGAAGUUAAUGCCACAGCAAAGACGCAAGCAUUUUCUGUGAUGAAAUCAAAGAGAGGCUGGCAUCAGAAUGUGAUAGAACGCAAGACUGAAAAUAUAUCAGCCUUCAAGCAGAAAUCACUGGAAAAAUCAGCAGUUGAGAGGCAGCAAAUACAGGAAACAGUGGAGGACAAAGAACUAGAGACUGCGUUUUCCAAAGUAAUUGGAGGAAAAGCAAGUCAACGAUCCUUCACACCAAAGAAGAAAAAACGCAAGUUUGUUGAAAUAAAGGAUGAAGAGAAUUACCUCCAUUAUCGUCCUGCUGAUUUCCAGUCAGAGCGAGGGUUCAGUCUCGGCUCAACGUUUGAUAAAGAGACUUCAGCUGUCCAGUUUGACAUAGCAGGAGACGAUGAUGAUGCUGUCAAGAAACUCAAGACUUCUGUACGAUGGGACAGAAAGAAAAAGAAGUUUGUGAGGGAUGAUAGCAACGACCCAAAGAAAAAGAAGAUAAGAACUGAGAGUGGGGCGUGGAUUCCCGCCUCCUACAAGUCUAAUGCAUACAAGGAAUGGCAGAAUAAAAACAAAGUAGACGAUGCGGAGAUCGAUCACAGUGAUGACGACGACGAUAAACAAAAGAGCAAUCAUAUCAAGGUUCUAGGAGGCAAGGGCAGGAAGUGGCAUACACGAGGUCAAGAGGAUAGCCAGAACAGCUUGAAGAACAGCUCUAGGAAAGGCAAAUUCAAAAUUCCAAAACAGGAGCGUAAACGUCCUGAACAGAUCAUGAAGACCAGAAAUGUAAAAGCUCGUAAACAAGCUUUCCAAAAACAUCAAGAGCAGGCACGACAAAAGCGUAAAAACUUCUCCGCAAAAAUGUCAAAAAAGAAAGGACGAAGAUAGAGAUGUUAAAAGAGUGGUUAUUUAAAGUAAAACGAUGCUAAUA